CCGGAAGUUUACAAGCUGGGCGUCGUUUUCAAAGCUCGUUAACGGCUGUUGUCCUGGUUGCUGUGGUUAGUGAACCUGUAAACAAUAAAACGGGACUGCUGUUAUCAAACGUAACCGGAAAUGUUACCGUGAUGGACGUCAUGCAGCGGCGAAGCAGCCCCGUCUCAGGUUUACUCCUCUCUCCUGGUCCUGAAGCUGGAUGUAGCAUGGACGAUCUGGAUUUCACAGAAGAGGAAAUUCAGGAGCAGCUGGCGCUCCUGGGAUACAAAAACAUACCAAAACAUCGGCUGCAGGAAUUCAAAAAAGAUCUUGAUGAACUGAUUCAACAUGGAGGACUGAAAAGUCUGACCUCACCGCCUCAGAUAAACUCCACAAAAACACGGACGGAAACAUCUGGACCUCCAGCCUACAUCAAGGAAAAGGUUAACCAGAACUUCUUUGAAGACUGUAAUAAAGGUUUUUACUUAAAUGCAGGACAAGUCGACCAUAAUAGAGAGGUCCUCACUGCCUGUCAGAACAGAAACCACAGGCAGCACCAGGGACUCGGUGACUCGUAUGCUCAGCACUCGGUGGCUCCGAAGCUCCAGCUUCCUCCAGGUGCUCCCAGCAGGCUGCAGGUGGAGCCCGACCCCGAUGAAACCCUCCCACCGCCGCUCACUGACAGCUACACGUCCAGUCCUGACACCCAGGAGAGACGCUUCAUCAAGAGAAAAGUCCUGAGGAAGCAUAAAGGACAAUCUUUGGUUUGUGAUGAAUCCAUCUACAGUGAAGAUUCAGACGCAGCGAGCUGUCUGGAGGAGCGGCUGGCGGAUCUUCGUUUAUCCCCGUCGGCUCAGCGCGAGUUAGAGGAUGAAGAUGUCAGCGGUCACAGCGACACGCCAAGCUCCGUCUCUAUGAGCGCCUUCGAUUCCUACAUCAGAGGCAUGACUCGAUCUCACAGCGACGGCGACAUCAGACCCAAACCAAAAUCCUUCAUCAGACCAGUGAUGAAUCAGCAAACCUUAAAAAAGACAGAUCCAGUGGCCAAAUAUUUCCAGUACAAGCAGUUCUGGGAAAUGUUCAAACUUCCUGGAGAGUCGGACAGGAAAGCGAUCCGCCGGGAGAUACAGGAACAGCUCGCGUACCAGCCUCCACCUCCCAAACCUCGCAGAGUCUACGUACCGAACACUUACGUCGUGCCAACAGAGAAGAAACGCUCAGCACUGCGCUGGGAGAUCAGGACCGACCUCGCCAACGGCGUCCUGCCGCACAAGUUCUCUUAUCCGUUCUAGGCCUUUCCUCUCCACAUGCCUUAUCAGACUUUUGACUGUUUUUAGCAUUGAAAUAUUUAUUCAUGAUCUUUUUACAUAAUAAACACAAAGAAAACA